AUGAUCGAAAACUGGUUUAAGAACUCCAACGGCAAAACGACACCCGAAAUUUCGUCGUUUCAGUCGCUCUGCGCGCUCCUCUGGCGAUCCGUGACGCGCGCCAGGAAAUUGCCUUCCUCUCAAACGACGACAUUCAGAAUGGCUGUGAAUUGCCGUCAAAGGCUGGAGCCCAAGCUGGACGCGUACUAUUUCGGGAACGCAAUCCAGAGCAUCCCGACGUACGCGACGGCUGGAGAGGUGCUGUCGAACGACGCACGGUGGUGCGCGGAGCAGCUGAACAAGAACGUGAAGGCGCACGACAACGACAAGGUGCGAGGUGUCGUAAAGGAUUGGGAGAGGGACCCGCGGGUGUUUCCGCUUGGCAACUUGGACGGUGCGACGAUGACGAUGGGGAGCUCACCGAGAUUUCCGAUGUACGACAACGAUUUCGGGUGGGGGAGGCCUUUAGCAAUUCGGAGCGGGAGGGCGAAUAAAUUUGACGGAAAGAUAUCGGCGUUUCCGGGGAGGGAAGGAGCUGGGAGCGUUGAUCUUGAGGUGGUUUUGGCGCCUGACACUAUGGCUCUGCUUGAAACGGACUCUGAGUUCAUGCAAUACGUGUCGAGCUGA